AUGCAAGCAGCGCAGCAGCAGAGCAUGGCUCAGCCGGGCCACCACCACUACCAGCAAUUUGCAAACCUUCCUCCCCUUCAGACCUCCUUCCCUCCUCAGGCGCAGCCUCAAUCAUCCUCUCACCCUCACCACCCCUCUGUGCAGCAGCUCAAGGAGCUCGAACAGCACAUCCGGGCCGUUUACGGGGCGCACGCCCAGGUCAAGGUCAGCAUCGUGCCCAGCCCCGUCCCAUCAUCGCAGCGCAACUCGCCAAUGGUGCCGCCGCCGAUGGACCACCUCGACCUCGCACCCAUGCCGUCGAGCUUCAGCGACGCAUGCGAGAUCACCCUGCAGCCUCCGCCUGAGGACCAGGGCUUCGCCAUCAACUUCAACAGCCACCACGAGAGCGACAACGGCUAUGAGUCGUCGUUCUACUCGUCGGACGCCAUCUCGCCCGGCUGCUCGCCUACCGCCUCACCGCGGCCGAGAUCGAUCGGCUCGUUCCAGCACCAAGGGCACCUCGCUCCUGCACCGCCUCACCUGUCGCUGUCGCGGCGGCCUUCUCUUCUUCACAACAUGUCGCGCAGCUCGACCGACAUGGACGGCUACCUCUCAUCCUCGCCCACCAAGGCUCCUCUUUCGCCGCGCGCCAUGUCCAUCGCGGAUCUCAACCUCGACGCCACGAUCGAGGAGACGGGCAUCUCGCCCGAAGAGGUGCAGGCCUACAUCAGCGAGCAAGACCCCUCGACCCACCGCUGGACUUGCCUGUUCCCAGAGUGCGGUAAGACGUUCGGUCGCCGCGAGAACAUCAGGUCACAUGUUCAGACCCACCUGGGUGACCGUCAGUAUAAGUGCAACCACUGCGGCAAGUGCUUCGUCCGCCAGCACGAUCUGAAGCGCCACGCCAAGAUCCACACCGGCGACAAGCCCUACAAGUGCCCUUGCGGCGCUGGCUUCGCCCGCCAGGACGCCCUCACCCGCCACCGCCAGCGCGGCAUGUGCGACGGCGCUUUCCCUGGCGCGGUGAAGAAGUCUGCCCGUCGCGGCCGUCCGAGGAAGAAUCGUCCUGAGAUGGCCGAACGUCUCGACAAGGCCAACAGAACCCGCCAGGCACAGGCCGAUCCUUACGGCUCGUCGUCCUCAUCCGGUCCCUCCCCUGGUUCUUCUGGGUACUCUCCGGUUGCAAACAUCAACGAGUACGACUCGUCCCACUUUACCAACCUGCAGUCUCUGCAGACGUCAGACUCGCAGUCGUCGUCCUUCAGCAUGUCCACCAGCUCUUCCAGCCCGUUGGAGGACAAAGAAGAAGACCCCAAGGAGACUGAAAACGUUGAGAACAACGAUGAUGACAACGUCGACGAUGACGACGCCCUCAACGAACUCGAGCAAGACGAGGAUGAUUUCUUCCUCACGCAAGCGUUCGAGGGUGUCGCCACGCCGCCCCAAUCGCCUUCGCCGGUGCCUGCUGAUGUGAACGUGCUGCGCAUCCCGAAGGGUAACAAGAACGGUCAGAAGAAGCGCACCGUCUCCGGCCGCACUGUCUCUGCCGCGUACAGCACGCCCCCGACUUCGCCCGUCAUGGGUAGCAAGUCCGUCUUGGACAAGACGGACGACUUGAACUUUGACGAUGACUUCGACGGUCUUCCGCCCAGCUCGUUCGACUCGACCAGCAACAUAUGGAACCCUUUCGGGAAUGAUCCAUUCGGCAACGAGCUCAUGAUCAAUACCUCGGGCUCGACCCAAGACGACUUUUCGUUCUUGGACAACAUGAGCUGA